AUGUCAGAUACGCCAUCUCAGAAGCAUCCUGAAGUGUUAGAGAAAACCAGUGUCUUGUGGGAAGAUAAUGAAGUGAUAGUUUGUUGCUACAGGUUUUGCAAGUACUGCCAGAAGGAAGGGAGAGAAGUGAGCUCUCGUUUCUCCGCUGUUACUGAUGAGCUUGCAGCCAGCCGCCCUCAGGAGCUCCCGUGGCUGCAUUUGGGGUCUGAGUUACAGUGCGUAUUCAUACACUUGCUCCGGGUGACUUCUGUACUCUGCGGUUGCGGUCUGCCAAGACUACAGGUCCUCACAUCAGCUGCCAGCUCCCACGUAGGCUCCACGUCCUUCCCCGUCACUCUGUCGCCUCAUCUUCUUUACGUUUUCCUCACAACAAGACCCUGCCGGCAUGUGAGCUGCAUCUGA